CCUAAGACUGGGACAUAGAGUCCAAUUUCUUUGUGUACUCCUACCCAGUCCCCCGAGUUAGUCUCAGCUUCAAAUCCCCACCUGGAAAAUUAGCCUUUGGCACACCAUCUUCCUAUUUAGCACAGGUGGGUCUGGAAGCACUUAUCAUUUGUGCUUUACAUCCUGCUUGGACCUGUGACGUGGCUUUUCAACAGCUACCAAUUCCACUUUUUGGAAACUGAGGAUGGUAGGGCUCAGGAAACCAGAAAAUGUCAGGUCUGAGUGAGAGAAAAGAGCAAGCUGGGCAACACACAGAGCUCUGUGUAUUCAGAGGCAAGUUGGCAGGGUUGUACUGGAACAGAGGAACUCCAAGUGGUACAAAGAGACGUGCCCAGAGUGGAGAAAUCAUGCUCAUUGUCUGCACCAGAGCCCAAGAACUCAACCCAAAAUGAAGAGAGAAAAGGGAGCCCUGUUCAGAGUCUCCAGCGCCCCACACCUCACUCCUUUCGUCUGCCUCCUCCUGAUCCAGACAGGCUCACUGGAAGGGGUGAACAUCACAAGCCCAGUGCAUCUGAUCCAUGGUACUGUGGGGAAGUCAGCUCUGCUGUCUGUGCAGUACAGUAGCACUAGCAGUGACAAGCCAGUAGUUAAGUGGCAGCUGAAGAGGGACAAGCCAGUGACAGUGGUACAAUCCAUUGGCACUGAAGUCAUUGGCACACUGAGGCUCGACUACCGUGACCGAAUCAGGCUCUUUGAGAAUGGCUCCCUUCUCCUCAGUGAUCUUCAGACAUCUGAUGAGGGCACCUAUGAGGUAGAGAUUUCCAUCACUGAUGAUACUUUCACUGGAGAAAAGACUAUCAAUCUCACUGUGGAUGUUCCCAUCUCAAAGCCACAAGUAGUAGUGUCUUCAUCUACUGUCCUGGAGCUCAGUGAGUCCUUCACACUGAACUGUUCCCAUGAAAAUGGUACCAAAGCCAACUAUACUUGGCUGAAGGAUGGCAAGCCACUCAGCAAUGACUCCAGGAUUCUCCUGUCCCCUGACCAAAAGGUGCUCACCAUUACACGAGUGCUUAUGGCAGAUGAUGAUAUCUAUAGCUGCGUGGUGGAGAACCCCAUUAGCCAAGGUCGAAGUGUCCCCAUCAAGCUUACUGUAUAUCGGAGAAGCUCUCUCUACAUUAUCCUGACCACAGGAGGCAUCUUUCUCCUUGUGACUUUGGUGACGGUCUGCGCAUGUUGGAAACCCUCCAAAAAGUCUGGAAAGAAGCGGAAGCUGGAAAAGCAGGGCUCUCUAGAGUAUGAAGAUCAAAAUGAUGACCACCUAAAACCCGAAGUAGAGACCCUCCCAAGAAGUGGAGAACACGAGCGGAAGAACCCUGUGGCCCUGUACAUCUUGAAGGAUAAGGACCCAUCAGAAGGGGAGGAGAGCUCUGCCCCCGACCCUCGGAGCACCACUGAGCCAGGCCCACCGGGUUACUCUAUCUCUUCCACUGCCCCAGGCCGCUCCCCGGGGCUGCCAAUCCGGUCAGCCCGCCGCUAUCCCCGCUCUCCUGCCCGUUCUCCUGCCACUAGCCGAACGCACACCUCCCCCAGUCGGUCCCCGAGCUCCCCCGGACGCUCCCGCAGCUCCACACGCACCCUCCGGACUGCGGGCGUGCACAUGAUCCGGGAGCAAGAGGAGGCCGGCACCGUGGAGAUCAGCGCCUAAGCCCUCCCAGAACCCUACCUCCACCUGAUGGGAGCCUUAGUCUCCCGUUUGGGGGCGAGGCCAGGAUAGCCUCGUAGAGGGCAAGGAGUUUGCAAAGGGAAGUCACGUGUGUUUGUGAGUCAGAGCGUGUAUGAAGAGGUGUGAAUGAGUGUGACUGACCGUGAACCUGUGCCAGUGUGUGACUGACUGUGCCUGAGUGGUGUAGGGUAUGUCGGUGCUUCCCGCUUAACAGCUGGGUUCCGGGUUGACUGCAGCAGGUGGGUGUGGAUUGUGUCCUCUUAGGACCCACCUAUAGAUUAUUAAAUUCCAGGCCUGCCCCUGCAGCAGCGUUAACAGAGACUAACAACAGUAAUCCUAACACUCUGGACUGGUCUGUGCCCCUCCUCUAGGCUCCCAGGUUUUUACCCUUCACCUUUCCUUCCACAUUCCUGGCCUGCCCACCUCUGGGAGCUCCUUUUUUUUUUUUUAGCUAAGCAGGACAUUGAAACACAGAACAGAGACAUCAGUUUGCCCCAGAUCACAGAGCAGUUUAGGACUAGACAAAAUGACAAGAGCUUUAGUUAAGGCAGGAACUAUGUGUCCAGCCCAGGAGGAGACCAGAGGCUGCUCACAUCAUGGGGGCCCAGGAAGAUGGGUAUUAUAAGGUGGGUGUUUUCCUUCUGGGACUGUCAUGGCUCAGGCUAGCGGUUCGGCAUAGGAGAAGAUAUAUCCCUGAGAAGAGACUAGAACUGUGGGUUCUGCUGUAGGGUAGAGGAAUUGCUUUUUCCAGUGCCUCUGUCAAGGGGGACCUUGAGCAAGUUUCUUCUCUCUUUAGACUUCCUCAUUUGUAUGUAAACCUAUUCCUAAGGGUUACCUGUAAAAUGGUGAGUUUAGAUUAGAUUAUCUCUAAGGUCUCUUUAAAUUCAAACAAACUAUUCGACUAUGAGUCUAUGGUAGGUGAAGUGGGGGAGGCCAUUGGUUCGUGUUUGACCCCAAUUCACCAACAGCCUCCUUGGAAACUACAACCUCCUGACUUGGGUCCUCAAAGGACUUGACCCCUGGUCUUGAGAAAGGCAUGCCUUAUUGUCAAGUCCUCUCCCAACAGGCCCUUUCUCUACUUCCUCUGAAUAACACAGGGCAUUCCUUCUGGUCCCUGUUAAAGAGGACACCAUACCUGAAGAGAAGGGGUUAGAGACUUUAUCCUUUGGGAGCAAAGAUUCUACACCACUCUGUAAGAAAUAUGUCUAUUUCCCAUUGAACCUUCCUCUCCCCACCCCAACUUCCAUAACUUCACUCUCCCAGCAAAACUUGCAAACAAUCAGAAUCCCUGGGAAAGAAACUAGAGGCCCCCUGUUGGACAGACCUUGCUAACUCUUUUUUUCAUAUUUGGAUAGGAGAAAACAAAGGUUCCAGUCUUUGGAGUGUAUUCCCAAUGACUAAGUUUCCUGAGAGGUUGGGCAGAUCAUCUUUUGACUCUUGGUCCCCUCUCUCAGACACCUGGGUCCUUGGGAAGCAGGGCAAGGGUAUCUUCCCUAAUUGAACUAACAACUCAAUAGUGAGGGACUAGGCUAGGCCCUUGUGUUUCUGCCACCUAUACUGUCCAUAGAGAGGCAAUAAUCUACUGUGUGUGGAGAGAAUGCAAUUAAAAAGCUGAAAGUGAGGGAGGCCCCCUCAAAGGAGCCAGGCUCUGUGCACUCUGUCCUCCCCUACACUUCCAGGGUCUGGAACGCUCUCCAUGUGCCUUUCCUAUCACAGCCACCAGUGAAGAAUUCAGCCUUGCCCUUAGGCAAACUACCUCCCAGGACACUGGCUCUUCCUCCAAGGACUGAUUCAAAGGAUUGAAGCCCUUUGGCCCUAGACCUUUCACUUUUUACUGCUUUUAAAACUGAUCCUAACCCCAGUUUCAGGCACCAAGAUUCUUAGAUCUUGACUUCUGAGCCCGAAUGACUUCCUGGGUUCAGAAAUCCCCUGUACCCAAUACUUAAUAAUCCUUCGAUGUCCUGGGUAAAUACCAAAGCAUUCUCAUCAUGUAAAAAUUCAGUGUAAUUAUGCUAGACAAGGGUUAUCUUUGAACUUCAAAACAAUAGGUUUUUUUUAGUGAUUUUUUUUUCUGUAUGGCCCCUAACUUUAGUCAUAUACUCUGGAGCUGGAGACCCAGCCUGGCUGCUGCAGUCCUUGCCGCUUCUCCUUUGCUAUCACUAUACUGGGCAACUCCUUCAAGUCUGUUGCUUCUCAAAGUCCUGCACUCCUCCUUACAGCCCUGUGCCAUGUCCACCGUUGAGCUAGUCUAGAGGGUAUUUGUGCCAAGGCCUUAUGGGCAACAACAGUAGAACCUGGGAUAGAAUCCUGCCCUAUACCUGUCUUUUUGUUUGUUUUUGGCAAGGCAGUUAGGGUUAAGUGACUUGCCCAGGGUCACACAGCUCCCCCCCCCAUACUUGUCUUAAACGGCACUAUCCCAAGCUUUUAUACCUCUCCCUUACUUCUGAUUCUAUGCUCCCCACAACAAAUUUAAAGAAGGCUAACCCUUGAUGUGGCUCCAAAUCAACCCUGAUUUGGAGAAGUGAAUGUUAGAGGAACAGCUUCUAUGGUAAGAGGUGUAGCCUUUGUCCUCUUCUUUUCUGCCUUGUUCCUGACAGCUCUACUUUCUCCUCCCACUCUUCCCACUUCUGCUAAGCCUGACUUAAUUAUGCCUCAAGCAGGUAGUAUGUAGGAAUAGGGAAACAGACCAAGAAUGCUUUUUGACAGCUUUAAUUCCACUCACCUUCUGGAGGCAGGAGGGGAGCAAGCAUAAAAGUACCCAUCUUACCAUCUUCUAUGUCUCCCCUUUUCUGUUCCUUCCUUCCUCUUCCCUGAGAGAGGUAGCUGGGAUAUAGUGGAAAGAAACUGAACCGGGAAGACCUCAGUUCAAAUCUUAGCCUUGCCACAUACCAUCUUAUAUAACUUUGGGCAAGUAAUUUGACUUUUUUGAGCCUUAGUUUCUUCACAUGUUGAAAAAAAUGGGGAUGAUAAUAGUGACGUAGCACCUAAACUCAUUCUCACCAACCCUUCUCUCUCAGGGUGGUCUCAGUCACCCAACUUGCACUCCUAAGGCAGAUUGGAAAGUUCACAGAUGGGGUGCUUACUCCUAGAACCUAGUUAGGGUUCUAGGAGUAACCCUGGUGGUGGAAAUAUAGUUCUGCUACUAUGCACUAUAUAUGCUAUGCUCCUGAAUUCCCACUGGUGUGCUGCCCAUUUAACAAAUCAGCCAGUGGAGCUCUAUUAACUCUUCAUUAGAAAUGUUUAUUAUACAGAAGACAAAACAAGAAUAAUAACAUACUAGUCCGCCCCUCAAUCAGGGACAUAUUUUCCCACCAAUGCACAAUAUCCAUAGGAAUAGAAUGGGCACGAAAUUACAGAACCAUAGCAGGUAAAUGUGUAGAAAACACUUGGCUAAGUUUUGUUCUAUGGACUCGAUGUUCUUUGUCUUCCUCAGGAACAGUCUGUACAAUUCAUUGCUCAGUAGGGCUGCUUCUUUGCUAGCUGCUCUACUUGGGCAGCUCCUCCUUCUGGGCUACCAAGGUGAUGCUAUGUAAUUUCAGCAAAAGCAGAAACUCGAAGCCUGGGGUCUGUAGUUUUUCCAGCCCAGCUUCCUUAUCUGGGCUCUGAGAGAUUCUGCCUCUCAGGCAGUUAGAUGCAAUUCAGGGAAAAGCAAAAGCCUUUUUCAUCCUCCAGGUAGUGCUACUAAGCAGCACUUGUCAGUGCAAACUCUGGGUUUCUUCCUAGACUUGACCAGAGAUCUCUCCUGAUCUCUGACUUCUUCGAGGGUUCAGCUUAACUCAUCCAAAACAAGGUCUCUUCAGUGAGAUAAUUCACUUCUGCCUCAUGGAGGUAAAUCAGAAUCUACAUUUCUACCACCUCCAUAACUAGGUAAUAUAUAUUUGUCCCAUAGUCACCAAGGAGUUCUAGGAAUCAGAGUUUUCUAGUUAGUUCCAAACCCUCACAUCUGUUGUAUACAAAUUAGAUGCUGAGAAACAGUACACUUUGGCUUUAGGUAACAUGAGUAAGUACCGUUUCUGGGUGAAAGAUACCUUUUUUUCUUGCCUUUUUUCACAACUGUCCUUGUUUAUGUCCCUUGUUCACAUCUGAAAGGGACACCUCUUUCCAUUUUCACUACCUACUUCACAGGGAUAUUGUGAGGAUCAAAUGAGGUAUUAUGUAUAAAACAUUUUUCUAACUGUAAAACUCUAUAUAGAUGUGCGCUAUUAUUCCCUUUUCAUUUCCUGGCCCUUUUCUUCUCUCUUUUGCCCUUUUCCCAAAGACUAUAAUUAUUGCCAUGCAUGGUCUAGAUUGGGAGAAUUCCAGGGGCAUUGGGGAAGUUGAGAAAAGAAUCAUUGCUAUUUCCCCCUUCUGUCCCUGUCCUCCCCCCCCCCCCAGCUUUGCCCCUCACUUCAAGUCUUGUCCCACCUUCCAGAAAUCUAGUCUUCAGAAACACCAUUCUUGGAAACUUUGUCCAGUGAUUUGGCAUCUUGGAAAUUUGCUCAGUCCUCUGAGCAAAGGUCAUCUCUUCCUUUUCCAUUGAUAACCCCAUCUCCCUCUUGCUGUGUUGGCUGAUACUCUGGAGACUGACAAACAUGAAAAGAAGAAAUUGAAUAAGGAGGCCCUCCAGUCAAGGAAGGAAGACUGGGUAGCAGCUGACUAUUCCAACUAGAGACUGGAAACCCUGGGUUAUUUGUGAGACUGAGUGUGAGAGACACAUAUCUCAAAACUUCAGGGAACCUCUCUCCCGGCCCAGCUCUCAGAAUGACCUAAAUAUUCCACCCUCUACUUACAUAGCCUGAUCAAAAGAUACCCUCCAAUUGUACCUAGUUGAGGUGACCAUUCCUCAAAGAAGACAGCAUGAUUUAGGGGAAAAUGUUGGAUUUGGGAGAAAAGAGGUCCUGUAUUCAAAUUCUAGUUCUGCUACUUACCAGUUUUAGCAAGUGACCUUUAAUAGGUCAAUUAACUUUCUACAUCUGUUUCUUCUUCUGCAAAAUAAAGGAGAAGAGGGAGAAAAUAAACAUUCAUUAAAUGUC